CAACACACAUUCUUGCAUAGUGCACGAAACAGCAAAAUGGCAGCGGAUCCUCAAUCCCUCCUUCGCGAGGUCAACAUCCUCGGAGCUCUCAAUGAUCAGAACAAGAACAUUCUAAGCAAAGACGCUGCUGUAUUCCUUGCCUUACUUCAUCGCACAUUCAAUGAGCGUCGGAAGGCAUUACUCCAACGCCGUGUGAUCCGACAAGCAGAGUUGGACAAAGGACAGUUGCUCGACUUUCUGCCUGAGACGCGGCACAUCCGUGAAGAUGAUACCUGGAAGGGUGCACCACCCGCGCCAGGACUUGUGGAUAGGCGAGUUGAGAUUACAGGCCCGACUGAUAGAAAGAUGGUUGUGAACGCAUUGAACUCGGACGUUUGGACUUAUAUGGCCGAUUUUGAGGACUCCAGCGCACCAACAUGGGACAACAUGAUCAACGGCCAGUUGAACCUCCACGACGCUAUCCGCCGCCAGGUCGACUUCAAACAAGGCGAUAAAGAAUACAAGCUCAGGACCGAUCGUACGCUCCCUACUUUGAUUGCACGUGCCCGCGGCUGGCAUCUCGAGGAGAAGCACUUCACGGUAGACGGAGAGCCCAUCUCUGGCUCGCUGUUUGACUUUGGACUCUACUUCUUCAACAAUGCCCAAGAGCUUGUGAAACGAGGCUUUGGUCCAUACUUUUAUCUGCCUAAGAUGGAGAGCCAUCUUGAGGCAAGAUUGUGGAACGACGUAUUCAAUGUGGCACAAGACUAUAUCGGCAUGCGGAGGGGAACGAUUCGUGCGACUGUACUGAUUGAGACUAUUACUGCAGCAUUUGAGAUGGAUGAGAUCAUCUAUGAACUUCGCGAUCACUCUGCAGGUCUCAACUGUGGACGAUGGGACUACAUCUUCAACACCAUCAAGCGCUUCCGACAGAAUCCCAACUUCAUCCUUCCUGACCGUGAUUCAGUCACCAUGACUGUGCCUUUCAUGGACGCUUACGUUAAGCUCCUCAUCAAGACUUGCCACAAGCGUGGUGUGCAUGCUAUGGGUGGAAUGGCGGCUCAAAUCCCCAUCAAGAACGACCAAGCAGCCAACGACGCAGCCAUGGAGAAAGUGCGCGCCGACAAAUUGCGGGAAGCGCGCGCAGGUCAUGAUGGCACAUGGGUCGCCCACCCAGCCCUCGCAAGCAUUGCGAUCGAAGUAUUCAACAAGCACAUGCCCACACCGAACCAGAUGCAUGUUCGUCGCGAGGAUGUGCACAUCACAGCCAACGACUUGCUCAACAUGAAUGUACCGGGCUCCGUUACUGAGGCUGGAAUCCGCAAGAACCUUGAUAUUGGAUUGUCGUACAUGGAAGCAUGGAUCCGUGGAGUUGGAUGUGUGCCUAUCAACUACCUUAUGGAAGACGCAGCUACGGCUGAGGUGUCGCGCAGUCAGUUGUGGCAAUGGAGCCGACACCAGGUUUCCACCGCCGAGGGCAAGAAGGUCACUAAGGACUAUGCAUUGAAGCUUCUCCGCGAGCAAACAGAAGCUUUGGCGAAGAAAGCACCCAAGGGUAACAAGUACGCGCUUGCGGCCAAAUACUUUGAGGGCCAGGUCACUGGCGAAGAUUAUUCAGAGUUCCUGACUUCGUUGCUUUACAACGAGAUCACGAAUGCCGGUUCUCCAAUCCCAGCUGCUAAGCUGUAA